AUGGCUGGUCCCGGUGGUGGUCCUCCUCGCAAGAGCCAUACCAAGUCUCGUUUCGGUUGCAAAACAUGCAAGAGACGACAUAUUCGAUGCGAUGAAAGUUUUCCACAAUGCCGGAAUUGUACCAAACAUAACUGCCGGUGCGACUAUAUGGAUGUCGCUACCGUCCACGACGAAUCAUCAACCGCCCGGAAAAUUCCCGAUCUCCUCAUGUCCGCAGAAAUCGAGAUGGAAAUCAAGAACUGGCACAUUACCGGCGUGCCUCCGUUCCCGGAACUGGUACAAUUCCCACGCAAUUGUUGGAGCAAACUCUCGCGGACCGAUCUUCGUUUAAUCCACCAUAUCAUCGGACUAUCCAUCGAUCUACAUCGCCGCGGCUUCAGCAACUGCACGAUCUGGGCACAGAAGAUGCCAACAUUCCUUACCAUCGCACUUACGAAUGAUUUUGUUAUGAGUUCCAUUCUUACCUUAUCCGCGUCACAUUUGGCCUGGAUUACGCGAAAUAAAGAAACCAAGCAACUCGCUUAUCACCACAGAGGGAUUGCGAUCCAGGGCUUGCACAAGGCAAUCGGCUCGUUUUCGAAGGACAAUUGUGACGGCAUUCUCGCGGCCUCCAUCCUCCUUUCAUGGCAGGCUUCAGAAUGGCAUAGUUGGGCGUCCUUGCAACAUGGCCUCACAACGGUGCUACAUACGAUGCAUCCCAUCUGGAAACAAGAAUCGGAAUUAGCCAUGUACCUGGAAAACCAAAGGUACCUGGGAUGUACUAAUGCCCCAGUCAUGACGGGCUACCAGUUCCAGGACGAGGACCUCGUUAGCCUCCAGCAAACGACCCUUGCCCUCGAGAACGUCCAGAAGCGGGUUGCUCACAACCCCGAACAUUACCGCCGGAUCGGAGAACUCCUUGAAUUUGUGCGCCAUUUCCAGCGUGAUCUUCUGACCCUGACCCCAGAGCAGGCCUUCGAGCGGAUGCAGCCGUUGCGAAGGUGGCUAUUUUGGCUCCCCCCAGCCAUGCUCCGAGGCGGAGAUGCAGAUCUCGGAGCCCUUGCCAUCCUGGCUCAAUUUUACGGUAUUGGUGUGGUUUUGGAUAGUUUGUUCCCUGAUCUGGGAGGCGCAUAUCUCGGUCCGCUGUCCGUCGGCCCUAUUGAAGACAUCUAUCGGAUUGUUGUUACCAAAAACAUGACGGAGCCGUUUAACCCCGACCUACAAUUAGCUUCGACAAUCAUGGAAUUGCCUCGACAUAUCGUUGCCCAAUAUAAGAGCCGUCUGCAAUGGUCGCCGCGCACCUCACUCGACUACUCCCCACCUCCCGCCAGUCCCUAUCAUCCUCAUAUGCACGAUUACACCUUGGCGUCAUCAUCCUCUCCUUCCUCUACUGCAACAUGUGCACCUUACACCCCGCCACUCCAGUCCCCGCCCGCGGUGACGAUCGCUAGUUCCUCAUUCGACGUGAAUGGAACCUACGUCACGGCUCCCGGCGUCCAGAGCCUCUACCCUCCAUCUCCAAGUCUACUGUCGGACCCGCGAGAAGAGCUGUGUGACUAUGGCCAUCCCAGUACGCUCCAUCAGUCGCCUACAUACCCGUCGCCAUUUGUCGACGAUAUGGUGUGCGGAGAGUUAUCGCGGGUGGACGGAACCGCUGGACUGAAUGUGGACCUCUAUGGAGAGCCACAACAGAUCGUUGGAGGAUAUAGCAAUGCGGAGCCGUGCUGGACGGGAAGUAUUUGCACUUGA